AUGACGUGUGCGUGCGCGCGCACGCCCUGGAAAUCCAAUCCGACUCGAAUCAAUCCUCCGUCUUCGGCAUUGUCUUCUUCCAAUUCAUCGUCGACUAAUUCGUCCGGCUACGUGAAUGGUACGCGGUCUGGUGAACGAACCAGUAUCCCUGUGCAUCAGAAUAAUAUUUCUUUAAAUUGUCCUCAAUCAACUGAUUCCGUCGAUGGUUCAUUGCCGAGGGCGACCUCCACGCUGUCCGGUCGAUCAAACAGAGGUGCGAAAAAUCACGGUUGUCCAGUUUUCCAAACGAACAGUACACGAAUUCGGUCACCAAACACGAAUAACGCUGCACCGCUGGCGAGCACAAAUGCCGGCACUGUCCGAUCACAAACUGCCGGCCCCUCGGUGACUGGAACGUCAUCAUCCACGUCAGUAUCCGUUACCGAUUCGCAAUCAAAUGCAAAUCGCGGGCGUACCUAUUCACGUGGUACUACCGAGAUCGCCCGAAGGCAUUUCACUCGACGUCUCGCUCCUAACAGUUCAACUGGCAAUUCGACGGUGAGUGACGGUGAACUUGAAAAAACUCGGACGGAGAUUCCCCCGGCACUACCCCGUCUAUCGGUAGAUCGCAUUGCACUAACUCCUCCUGCCACGGUGUUUGAUCGUGCAUCUCGGCCUAGCCAACUUCGUCCCGUCUCCUCAAUGCCUAUCCCACGGACCGGACUCCGUUCGACAACGUAUCGCCCUCAGGGGAGUGUCAGUUCACAGGAUGACAGUCCAACCGGCUCGACCAAUGUAAAUGUGAACAGCCGGUAUCCCACGCAUCAGAUAACUGGUCAGGUGGUCAAUUCGAACCAUCCUACAGGUCCUGUACUGCGUCUUCAACCUCAAGGUAUUGACCACCCCAGAACUCCGCCUUCUUCUUCUGUCGGCAGAUCUCAGCCUACUACACGCCCCAAUGCACCGUUAAUUUGGCCAUCAGGUUCCGUGUCUCCAUCGUCAUAUCAUCAUCAGCAACAGCAUCCGCAUCCGCAUUAUCAGGGGCAGGUAGAUGUUACUACUACUACUACUACUACUGUCGGAUGUCAGCCCGGUGGUUAUUCAUCAUCCCCGGCGUUGACUCGACCUAGUUUUAAAACUACCACCGGUUCAGUUAAUCAGGAUUCGUUCGGAUCAAGUGCCAGCAACGCCCAGAUAACAAUGAUUCCUGGACCAGCAGGAUAUAUGCACGGGACAUCGGAGGUGAAUACAGGAUCCUACGCGGCUUUGUCCCUGCCUGGACCGGGCACUCUAACAACUUUUGCCCCGGGUGCAGAUCAUGCACCAGCGCCACUCCACGCCAACCAACCCCGUCCACCAUCCCGAUUGAAUAACUCGUAUCCGACAAACCAACUAACAGCCGGACAAAGUCAGCCGCUGAUGCACCAUCCUUCAACACAACCGCCGUCUUGGCCCGCCCGAAAUCAGUCUGGACUUUCAUCACAAAACUCGGCUGUGACUACUGUCCCUAACCCAUUUGUCACACCGGCUGUGCAUCGACCUGCCGGACAGUUCCAUCCGAUUCCACCAACUCGACAACAAUCAUUGCUUCGCACCCAGAUGCUAAACGCUCCCGUACCCGGUUCCAUAGUUUCCGACGAUGAACCGAAUCCCAUCGCCCAUACGGAUCCCAAUGUUCCAAGACAAAACAACCUCGCCAGUCAGACAGCAAUGUCUGCUGAUGUCUCAAAGGACACAUAUGGAUCAGUGAUGCUGGCACAGCAAAAUGCCAAAAUUAAUAAUUUAAUGCCUCCAUCUUCUGUGGCACAUGAUACAGUUUCAAGAAACCAGCCGGCUAAUCAGAACAUCACAGCGGCAAUCACUCCCGGGCUGGAACGCUACGCUAUUAAUUCUAACCAGAUCUUGAAGUCUCCAAGCGGGACUCGCAAAUCCAGCAACAUUCAAGCGGAACAGCGUCAGCGAGCACGUGAGUUGUAUGCAGCAUUGAAGCAUCGUCACCCUAUUGGCUCAGAUGUCGGGACAAGUAGUAAGGUUCCAGUGUCGUUGGACACUACAGAUACGAAAUGGUCACGUAAACCGUUGUCUCGCCGAAGCACCACAAAUGGAUCCGUUGGUCUGUCCACCGUGAGUCCGAUUCGCGAUGAAUCGCGUCAAGCAAACGGGGCGACUCAGCCGGAUAUUCCUUCAUCUUCUGGCGCAGCAACCCUGAAUGUCAACAAUGCGUCUGCCACAGGUUCCUUAUCGGGAUCCGUCACAAGUGAACAGUUGGCUAAAAUGCUUCAGAAUGGUGAUCCUCAAGUCCGGUCUUAUUUGCAAGCGUAUGUCAGACGACCCGGAACCAACGGACCACCAACCCCUCAACAACUGGUACCUCCUCCUCCACCACCACCGUUGUCAUCUACUUCAUUCUGUGCAUCGUCCAACCAGACCGAUCAAAACAAUUUCAUUCAGACCCGGACAGAAUCCAAAAAGCCUGUCACAAAUUUGCCAGACUGGGGGCUUUUGGACGAUGCCGGUCGAGCUGGGUGCAGUUUGGAUGCACGUCGGCGGCGACGACCGGUACUAGGAGAGGAUGCACAGUCCGCAAUAAUCGACCCAUUGUCUGCUUCGCUGUCUGCCUCUUUGUCUACCACCACUUCCGCAUUUCCGACUCGCACCACUGAAUCCGCAGCGAGUUCGUUACCUCGGCAUCUUCGCUUGUCCAUGCUUGGUCCGAUUCCGGACGCCCCUGGGAUCACAUCGCAUGCGACCAAUAGGCGAUUGCCAGCUCCCAUCCAAUCAGAUGUGGAGCCACCAGAUUCGCCGGAUUUGAAUGCCUACGCUAAACGGAUGCAGGAGCGCAUGAAAGAAGGCCUUCGUGCGGCUCAAGAGUCACUUUGGGUGAGCACCCAGUCAAGAAAUGGGUCUCUAGUAACUGCCCCGAAAUCCAGAAAUCACUCUACCGGCUACACAAGCGAAUCCAAUCGAUCGGAUACAAUGAGCGAAUUAGUUACCGGUCCCAGGCCGAUGUCAGCUACCGGAGUCAAUUCAAGGAGCACUGUGGGCGACCGGUUCUUUGGAGAGUCAAAGAAUGGCGCUUGUUCGGAUGUCGAAGAUCUUAUGGACCAAGCUAAACGAAGAAUGCUCCCUCUACUUGACGGACAGGGAGAACUCAACCGCCGCGACGCAAAAGCUGCUUUUAACUCUUCCUCUGAUACUGAGGAUCUCUUCACAACAGUCAGUCGUCUGCACAGAUCCGCGGGUAUGCAUUUCGGUUACACACUUCCCGGUUCCAAGGCGUCAUGGACCAAUGGAAGAGCUUGUGUCACAGGCACUGGUGGGGGUGCUUUUAGUGAUAGGACCAGCUUCAAUGAUCUGUUUGGUCGAAUAUCGGGUCAGAACGCUUGUGAUGGUGAUCUGGGACAACUGAGCAGCCUUAAUCCAAGUGCAUUACCAAGCUGGUCGAGAGCUGGUGCAUCAAGUCGACGCAAUGGUGCUGAUGGUAAAUCUCCCGAACCGGUGGACGACGUGGACAGGAUUUACGGAAUUGUUCCAUGGUCAGCUGCUUCGAUGUGUCGAUCUAGACCGUUUCAGUCAAACGCGCAUUCCGCACAACGAUCUCCGGUACCCGGACCACCGGACGGAACGGCAAGCGCUCCUCCGGGAACUCCGAUCAAGUUACCUUAUGCCGCCCCGUCCACUUUGUUUGCGGCGGCCAUGGUCCGUCCCGAGUUUGCUCAUUUAUUCGGUAAAUUCUUUCGUUUUUAA